AUGCCGCCGCCCUCAAUCACGUCGACGAGCCGCAGCAGAACGUUAAAGACGGUCGACUUGCCAUUACCGGAGCGGCCAAUGAGCCCGAUGCGCUCGCGUGCGUAUAUUACCAGGUUCACGUGGCGCAACGCGUACGGCAGAGACUCGCGGUACUUCGCUGACACGUCCACAAGUUCGACAGCCGGCGGCUGCGGAGCCGUUGCGGUGGAUGCUACCCCGCUGCUGGGUCCACUCGCCGGAUCCUCCCUGCAGCGCUGCAUGACUUGGGACGGUAUGGCGCAGGCACCAAGGGGCGUGAAGGCAACGUUCCGCUCCGUCGUAUAG